UAAUAAUAGCUCCUGUCACGAUUUCAGUGUUCAAACGUUUAAAGUUGUUGGAUUGUAGUGUUUAUCUAUAGUGUUUUUAAGUGUCGAAUAAAUAUUAUAUUUAUUAAAAAUGUCAGCAUCACCGAUAGCGAGACAAGCUGUAGAAAGCCAAGCUAUACCAAUUAGAAGAGUUUUAAUUAAUGAUCAUUCCGAAUUACCCGCUCAUUAUUCUUCAACACCUGGAGGGACUUUAUUUUCGACUACCCCUGGAGGUACGAAGAUAGUCUACGAAAAAUCUGUUCUACUUACUUUAAGAAAUUCACCGAUAUCCAAAACACCACCACAAUUUGAAAUACCAGAUAGUAUUUUAGGAAACUCGAAUAAAAACACAAAAAAAACAGGUGAUCAAAAACGACCCAAUAAAGCAAGAAAGUCGAAACCUGAAAUCAACCACAAUAGCUCAGAGGACCAAUUCGACAUGGAACUUUAGUAUUAUUAUCAACGACCUGAAAAAAAUAAUCUAGGCUAGAUUUGAAAAAUUUACAGAACUUCGGUUGAAGAGGGAAUACAAAAAUUGCAACUUAUUGUGUUCAAUUAAAUUAAUAUAGUAAUAAGUCAUUUUAUUUAGAUUUUAAUAUUAAACUUCCCCUUUACUUAUAGUGUAACAAAAUAUAAAUAAAAUAAGUCGCCUUCAUUAGUAUAAAUUGGUUUUCCACAGAAUCUAUGAAUUUCUGUUUUAUGGUGAGCAGAUGGUUGUCUUAGAUAGGAGCUUGUGGCAAUUUAGGUACAUAAUUUUAUCGUCGUUGAUACCAAGACGUAAUGUAGUCUGCACCUAUGUUAAGUAAAAAAAAUAAGUGGCAGCCUCAGGUAGCUUUGAUUUUCUUUUAUAAAUAAUUUCGUAAUUGUAAAAAAACUGCCAAAAAUAAUAUCAUUUUUGUCACCAACUGAUGACUCCGCAGCAAGAAUGACGCAGCUCCAUAAAAGUCGAUUUUGAGAAAAUAAAAAAAAACUUUUAUACGCCAUAGUUUAUAAGAUACCACUUUUACGUUUUAAACUGCCAAAAGCACGUACCUUAACAAUUACAAAUACCGAAAAUCUUCUAAAAAUAUAAUAUUUUAAAGCAAAUAAAAAGUUGUUUUUUAAUGGAUCUACGUCAUUCUUGCACCAAAGCUUCAAAAAGUGUGCGUGUCUGCAAUAAUGAAAGAGCUAAAAUUACAUUUGAACGCAAAAUUUGUAUAUAUUUAUUACAUAAACUUUAUUCAAUGUUACUCAUUAAACAAAAACAAUAAUAAUAAGUCAUAGAA